GGUUCCAGUGGGAGAGAGAUUAGACUCUUCAGAAGCUAAUUGACCAGGGCAGGAUCAGGAAGACAAUAUACAUCAGAAGGGAGGUAGAGUUUGUAGAAGAAAUAGAAGAGAGGAAACUAAGGAGCAGAGAGAUAGAAUUUAUUCCUGCUUGGUUUUCUGAGCUUUCUUCAAUACUGAGGAUCUUAAUAUCUUGAAAUUCACACAGAGGCCAGGCUAGAGAACAGAGAGUACUUUAAGGGGCAGUUACACACCUACAUCCAUGCCCAUGAGAACAUUGCCUACGGCAAUGGGGGACUUGAGAAAAACUGUUAACAUCUACUUAUAAUUAUCUUGUAUAAAACUUGUGUUGGUAAACCAUCUCUGAUAUAUCUGCUAGUGGGAGAUAUAUUGAAUUCUCCAGCAUUAUCCCUAUAUCCUCAUUGAAGCAUUAAUCAGACCAUGGGCAGAAGAAUCAGGAGGCUGAGUUUUGUCGAGGUGAAAUAUGCAGAUUGGAGAAAGAAAACCAGUUACUUAAUUUGGUUUCUAUUUUCUGAGACUCUUAACUAGUUUAUGCUUCCUGAAUGAGCCCAUUUUCCUGGAUCAUAAGAUAUAUCUCUGCUGGCAUUUUAGGAAAUCUAUGAUGGAAGAAAGCAAGAAAGAUCAGCUAGAUUACGAGUCAGAGAAAAUGGAAAUCUUAAGAUUGGCCCAGUCAAAGAGGAACAUUAUCAGUUUGAACAUGGACCUUGAAAGGGAUAUGCAGAGAAUAGAUGAAGCAAAUCAAGAACUUCUUCUCAAAAUCCAAGAGAAAGAAGAUGAGAUUCAAAGGCUGGAAAGUGAAAUCACUCAGACUGGAGACUUGACAGAAGAUGAGGAGUGGGAAAAAGACAACUAUGCCACGAUGGAAAGGGAACAAGCCUUGCAGGAGCUAGAAGAAGAAACAGGCAGACUUGAAAGGAAGAAUGAGACACUGGUCCACAGUAUAACAGAACUUCAAAAGAAGCUUACAAAGAAAUCACAAAAAAUAACCAAGUGUGAACAAGGCAAUCUGGAUGGAACCCCAGAAGAGUCAAAGGUUAAGUUACAACAGCUGGAAGCUCUGUGCGCAGACCAAGAGCAGGAGCUGGUGAAGGUAAUGGAGGAACAUGCAUUUGUGACCCAGCUCUGUGAAGAUCAAGCCCUCUGCAUCAAGAAGUACCAGGAAACUCUGAGGAAAAUAGAAGAAGAGCUAGAGACUCGGUUCCUUGAGAGAGAAGUAUCAAAAGUUCUGAGCAUGAACUCUAGGGGAAAAGGAUACAGUAGUCAAAAUAAUGAGAAUAAUUCUGUCCCGAGGAAGGCAACACUGUUUGGUAAAGGGAUUUUUCGCUAUCUCUUUUUCAUCAUCCUGUUUUUCAUCAGACUCCUGGGUUAUAUAUUUUUCCAUGUAAGUUUUAUAAAUCCAGAUCUCCUUGUCAACGUACUGCCCAAGAUACUGAGCAGGGGCAUCUUAUGGAAGCUAAGGUGCUUCCUCUUUCCAUCUCUCACACUUGAGACAGAGGAUAUGUUACCUCACUGAGGCCCAAGAAAUAUUCGUAAGCAACAGAAGGCAAUGGGAUUUGAACCUGAAGAUGGGAGAUAGUGAAACCUGUGGAGGAAAGAGGCUUUCUGCCAAUUUUCCCUUGAGGUUCGCCUACUUGACUAUCUUCUCUCUCCCUGUUAUCUUUCCAUGAUUAACCUUGCCCAGUAAAGAGCUUUGUCAAUAGGUUUUUGUGCUAUAUGAGUAAGAUGAAUAGAAGGUGAAAGCAAAUGAACAUGAACGUCUUAAAAUAAUCAGAAGUAAAGCAAAGUUAGAGUUGAUCAAGCUUUCUA